GUGGGGCCAAGAAUACCGAGUUCAGUGACGUGGUCUAGUGGGUUGAGAUCUGUGGGGGGUGCGGAUGAAUAUGGGAGUUUGGCGGUGAUGAGUGGGCAUGACUCCGCUUCCACGUCGAGAUCUAACACGACCACGACCACUACCUCGACCUCGACCACGACCUCGAGUUCGACCACGACGAGGAAAAGACAUAGCGGGAUGUAUCAUCAUCGAUCGUUCACUUCACCCUCACUCACGGUCACUCCUCCCACUCCCACUUUGACUAGCAGUUCUGGUUUUAAGUUCCAUUCCAGCUCCAGUUCUGGGGGGACUGGUCUUCGUAGACGGGCAUCUUGGGGAAGCCGUUCACGUACUCGAUCAAAUUCUUCGUAUGAAUCAUCGCUUUCGUCUCCUUCUGAGGCUUCUUCUGGUGGUUUCACUGCUGUUACUCGUCUUUCCACUGGUCAUACUCUUUGCACCUAUAUUUCGGGUGUAUGUACCCUGUACGGAGAUGGUGAAUGAUGGAGAUGUCGUGGGCAAGUGUGAGAGGCAACUCGCUAUUGGGGGUGUUUGGGAUUUCUUGGAAGUUGGAGAUUUAGUCAUUAAUUUGGGGUAUGUGCCUGCGGUUGGUGGAAGCUCUGCAUUUGGGUCUAGUGCUAGCAGAAAUGGGAGUAAAAGUGGGGGUGGGAGCCCCGCCCGCAGCGGAUCCCCAUCUGAAGUGGGAUUUACUAGAGAGCGGGCAGUACGGUUCGCGGAUGCGAUUGCGUCACGACGGUCUGCGUUGCCUUCUGGGAUCAAGGAUAAGCUUGAUGAAGUCCCUCAUCACCAUCAUCAUCAUCACAUCGACCAUCGUCAUCACCACCAGGGACACCAACACGGAGAAGCGUCGGACCCUGACGACCCUAUAUGGUUAAUCUUUAACGGAUCGAAACUUGUGCCUUUCAACCCUCGACGAUCGCCGCCACCUCUUUCUCCCAAUAAUGACCCGCGUACAUGGAGUUCGAUAGCUAAGAUACCUUGUCCGACGUAUUACUCGCAUGUGAUAGGGAGAGUGGCAGGAGUUGGGAGUGCAUCGAUGGCUAUGAUCGACCCGUUACAUCGGAUUGUUAUUCCGAAGGUUCAAAGAGGGAGCAGUGGAAUCGGCACCUCCUCUGACGAUAGGAGUACGUGGAGGAGGAGGAAGGUUGCGAGGUUGAAUGGUGUGGAGUCAGAAGCGGGAAAGCUCUUCGAUGUGGUCUCCUUAGAGGGGAACAUUGGAGGUGCAGCAGUUUCAGUGGAUGCGGAGGGUGCGGAGUUCAACUUCAUCGAGUUGAAAAGCGAUGUGGUCAGGACUCGAGCGCUUGGUCCUGCGCGCAUCGUUAAUCGGCUCGCAUGGAUUGCAAGGUUUGAGGUUUACCAGGAUGAUUAUGGGAGAGAUGGGGAUGGUAGGAGGGUUGACUUGGGUGAUGGGUGGGCUGGAGAGUGGUUCCUCGAAGCUGAGGGGACGCCUGAGGGGAUGAAGAAGUUGAAAGGUGCGUUGGAGGGAAAGGAGAGCUUUUUGUGGAGGGUUUUGUUGGAUCGGUGCGUAAAGGGGAGUGUUUGGCUAAGGCUUCAGAUUCGUUGAUACCCCAUAAUUUCUUAUUCUCCUGGCUACUGUGUACGCCAGUUCCUGAGUCUCGAUGUCUGCAAGCAACUCAGAAGGAUCCUAUUCUACCGCAUUUCUCAUACACAUCAUCAACCAUAUUUAUUCUGUCAUGG